AUGAACAUCAUUCUAGUCUUUCUGUUCAUUGCCCCACUUGCUCUUUCAGCUGGAGCUGAAAAGGAUUCUUCCUCCUUUGAUCCUGCUUUAUCUCCCGAGACAAGAUCAAGAUUUGCCAUGUUAGAUGAUGUUCGAAUCUUAGCCAAUGGACUCCUUGAGCUUGGGCACGGUCUUAAAGACUUUGUCCAUAAGACAAAGGGGCAGAUGAAUGACAUCUCUGAAAAACUUUACAUUUUUGAUAGGUCCUUUUAUGAGCUCUCACUGCAAACGAGUGAAAUCAAAGAAGAAGAAGAACAGCUCAGACAAACUACAGCCAGACUGCAAAUCAACAAUGAAGAGAUAAAGAAUCUCUCCCGGGAGAUGAAUUUGAAGAUUGAAGACCUCAUACAAAACAAAAUCCAGCUGCAAGAGAAAGUAUGGGGACUGGAAGACAAAGUCACUAAACUGGCCAUUACCCAGCCUUCAAUGGAAGAGACAAAGGAAAUUUCUUCACUCAAAGCUUUCGUGGAGCAGCAGGACAAUGACAUCAAGCAGCUUCUCAAAGUUGUAGAGGACCAGCACACAGAACUCAACCGACAGCACAACCAAAUACUGGAGCUGGAGAACAAGCUAAACCACAUUGAGCUCCAGGAACACGCAGAGAACUCCUUCGUGGAGGAGCUCACAGAACCAGAGGACACCCCUGUCCCUGUGCACAACACCACGGCUGUAACAUACAGAUCUGAUGGUACCGCUUCUGACUGCACUGCACUUUACAACAGUGGCACGCGGUCCAGUGGUGUCCACACUAUUAAGCCCAAUGGCUCCGAAGCUUUUGAUGUCUACUGUGAAAUGAAAUUUGGCAGUUCCUGGACUGUAAUCCAGAAGAGAGUGGAUGGAUCACUAGAUUUCAACCGAACCUGGGAUGCCUACACAAAUGGCUUUGGUGACCUCAAUGAGGAAUUCUGGCUCGGCCUCAACAAGAUCUAUUCCAUUACUAAGCAAGGAGACUACAUCUUACGGAUAGAGCUGCAGGACUGGAAAGAUAAUAAACGUUACAUCGAGUAUGCAUUCAGUUUGGGAGGCCCCGAAACAGACUACACCCUCCAGCUUUCACGGAUGUUUGGGAGCAUCCCCAAUGCCCUGCCAGAGGAGACAGAACUGCGGUUCUCAACUGCAGACCAUGAAGCAAACAUCACAAAUGACUUCAACUGCCCAGAAAACUACCUAGGAGGCUGGUGGCACAGUGAAUGUGAGGAAACCAAUCUGAAUGGGAAAUACGUCACACCAAGGUCCAGAGUAAGACCAGAGAGAAAGAAAGGCUUAUACUGGAAGCCUAAGAAAGGAAGAUACUACUUGCUCAAGUCAACCAAAAUAAUGAUACACCCAACAGAUCUAAAGAGUUUUGACUUUACUCAACCCAAUGUAAUUUAAUCCAGAACAUACACACUGAACAUUACUACAUCAAAGAAGUUCAUGUUAUGUUUAAUAACAGAUGCAUGUCUAAAUCCAUACACUGUAUGGUGUAUUCUCCAAUACAUAAAACUGAGGCA